AACCAGUAGAAGAGUCUCUGCUGGAAAAAUAUGGAUUUCCUGAAGCUGGAACAGAGACCAGAUGUUACACAAAUCAUGCACUGUCUUAUGACCAGGCAAAACGGGUGCCGAGAUGGGUGAUUGAACAUAUUUCAAAACAGAAGAUGCUGGGCAAUGCAGACCGGAGGCACUGUAAAUUCAGACCAGAUCCUAACAUCCCUCUAAUGUUUAGUGCUGCCAAUGAAGACUACCUUGGGAGCGGGUGGUCACGAGGACACAUGGCACCAGCGGGAGAUAACAAAUUUUCAACAAGAGCUAUGGCUGAAACGUUUUAUCUGUCUAACAUCGUGCCUCAGAAUUAUGAAAACAAUGCUGGAUAUUGGAACAGGUGAGAAAUUAUUUGUAAGUAA